CUCAUGCAUCUGAUCAAACACAACUCACUAGCCAACCACACAAGACACAACAACCUUAUUAUUCCCCUUCUCCCUGGAUCCACACACAACCAGGAUGGUCUCCAUAGAAACUGUUCAAACCACCUCUACAGCCAAUGAACCACAUACAAGUCCCCGGAUUUCUUUCUCUGCAGAAUUCCUCGAUGAACAGGAUUUCAUCUCCUUUAGCCCAAACUCUCAGGGUGAAAAAGCUAAAGAAAAGGAGAUGGAUAAAGCAAGAAAUGCAGAAUUUGAGUUCCUGUCAAGCAAUGUAAGUAGCCAUGCGAUGUUGACUGCAGAUGAGCUUUUCUUUGAAGGGAAGCUCCUUCCCUUUUGGCAAAUGCAGCAGUCAGAAAAGCUCAACAAGAUCAGUCUCAAAGGGAAAGACACCGAGGGAAUAAAGGAAGGAACCAAGGAGGAGAGUAACAGGGUAAGUUGGUUUGUUGAUGAUGACCCAUCUCCGAGGCCUCCAAAGUGCACCGUUUUGUGGAAAGAGCUAUUGAGGUUGAAGAAGCAACGCGCUUCUUCUUUAUCACCAUCUUCUUCUUCCUCUUCCUCUUCCUCUUCUUCCAGCUCGCUUGCUGAUAUAGCUGCAAGCAGAGAUGAAGGGAAGGAAGGCAAGGGAAACAGAGAGAAGCAUGUGAAGAGGAUAAAGAAAGGAUUGGAGAGGACAAGAUCAGCGAGUAUUAAAAUAAGGCCCAUGAUUAAUGUGCCCAUUUGCACACAGAUGAAGAGCAGUGGCUUGCCACCUUUGUUUCCCCUCAAGAAGGGAAGAUUAGAGAGGUGAGGAUGAGAAAGUGGCAGCUAAAGCCUACAGAGUUGUCCCUUUGAUCUCUACAGAGUUGUUCUAUAUGUUCAUCACUCUCAUUUCUUUUAUUUCAUUACAUAUGUAUCUGCUUUUGUGCUUAGAUUAAUGUUAAUUAUGGUGGGUUAUUGUGGAUCUGAAGAGUGACAAUAUGUAAAUGGUGACUUCUAUUUUUGUGAGAAAUUAACAUUAAACUUAGUUGCAUUCCUUUUUUCU